AUGCACUCCGAAUGGACGCCACAGAAACAAAUGGAGCACGAGAUGACACGUAAUAAAAUGAAGACAUUGCUAAAGAAAAAGAGGAAAAGAAUCCUGAGCGACGAGUCGCCACCAAGAUCACUUGGUUCUGUCGAAAGUAGAUCCGUGAUAAUGGGCACUCCAACCGAAAUCCUGUCUGACGAAGACUUGAAAGAGAAGCAUAUGCGAACGUGCCGUACAUUUGUCACUGCAGUUGAAUUGCGGACUUUCUUCGAGCCACCUGAGACGAUUCUCGAGAUGGAACAAAAAAGUAAAUAUCUAUCAUUGCCACCUUCGAAUAUGAAAGAACUGCAAGCUGCGAGGGAAAAAAGAGAGGAGUUGUUGAAGACUGUGUGCAAGGUUUGCUAUACUAAACUGAAGCCAAUCGAGCAGCAGUUGAACUGCGCAUGUGGCUACGUAUUCUGCAAAACGCAUCGAAGACCAGAAAAGCACCUUUGCCAUGUUGAUCACAAGCAAUCGGGAAGAUACAAAAUACACAAGGUCGAAUGA